UUCUCGUCCCUUCCUUCCCGGGCUGGCUGGCGGCUGCGGGUGGUGGACCUGCAGAGCGGCGGUCGCCCACACCUCGCUCCUUCCUGGGCCGGCAGAUCCUUUUGUGUCUUCCGAGCGGCAAAGGUCGCAGGUCUGGCGCGGCGGCUGAGGGCGCACUGACGCCCGCACUCCCCGUCACCUCCCCAGCCUCGGCCACCACCGAACUUGGGCUCGAGAAGCCAGCGGACCGCAUCCAGAGCCGCAGCCGGGGCAUGGUCUAGAACCCUGGUCAAGCCUGCACAUCAGCUCCCAGCACUCUGACCCCUGCUCUGUCUUGGCCUCCACUUGGCCCUAGGCUUAGUCUCCACUGCCAGCUGCCAUGGGCAAGCAAAACAGCAAGCUGCGGCCUGAGGUGCUGCAGGACCUGAGGGAGCACACGGAGUUCACCGACCAUGAGUUGCAGGAGUGGUACAAAGGCUUCCUCAAGGACUGUCCCACAGGCCACCUGACAGUGGACGAGUUCAAGAAGAUCUAUGCCAACUUCUUCCCCUACGGCGAUGCCUCCAAGUUCGCUGAACACGUCUUCCGCACCUUCGAUACCAACAGCGACGGCACCAUCGACUUCCGGGAGUUCAUCAUUGCGCUGAGCGUCACCUCUCGAGGCAAGCUGGAGCAGAAGCUCAAGUGGGCCUUCAGCAUGUAUGACCUAGACGGCAACGGCUACAUCAGCCGCAGCGAAAUGCUGGAGAUUGUGCAGGCCAUCUACAAGAUGGUGUCCUCCGUGAUGAAAAUGCCUGAAGAUGAGUCCACGCCUGAGAAACGAACAGACAAGAUCUUCAGGCAGAUGGACACAAACAAUGAUGGCAAACUGUCCCUGGAAGAAUUCAUCAAAGGUGCCAAGAGCGACCCGUCCAUUGUCCGGUUGCUGCAGUGUGACCCCAGCAGUGCUAGCCAGUUCUGAGGGGAAUGGGCUUGUGGACAGUUGUGAAGAAACACAGGCUUGUCCUAGCCAUCUUCAGCUUUGCUUGCAAAAGUGGAUUCCUCCAUGAUCCCUCCUGCUCUCCCGGAACCUGGGUCCAAGGCAGCACAUCGCACCCACCUGGCCUGGCCGGCUGCAUCUCCCUC